UGUCGCUAAUUAGAAACUGAGGAUCAUGGAUUGUGUUAGCUAGGAGCCUAGUCUUCAAUCUUUAAAUUCAUACAUUAGCGGAAAACAGCUACGAUAUUGAGAAUUCCACACAGUUACACCAGAAUGGUCGACGACUUCGAGAGUCAGGAGGUCCGGUCGAGCGGAGAGUUGUGGUCAGAAAUCUGCUCCAGUCUGCCGGAGGUGCGAGCUGAGGCAACCCCGGAGAACAACACGGAGUUUAAGGACUCAUUCCAGCCAGCAGCACAAGUCGGAGUGCAGGUCAAUGGACAGUCAAAUGGGACACAUAACGUUACUAGUUCUUCUGGUGACAAAUGGGAACCCAUGGAGGAUUCGGAGAUCUAUAUAGCCAGUUUAGAGAACCGCCUGAAGAAACUAAAGGGCCAAUCCAGUGAUGUGACGUCCAGGGACAUGUUGCGCGCCUUGUCUCAAGCCAAGAAAGAAUGCUGGGAUCGAUUUCUCCACGACGCCCAGACCUCAGAGCUCUUCCAAGGCGGCGACAUGGAUGAGAGUGCUAUUGAACACUUCAAGAGGUGGUUGGUUCCUGAAAAGGUGGCCAUCAGUGCGGAGGAGCUGGAAUAUCUCCUUAGGCCAUCUCAGAGUAAGGAAGCAGCUGAACCAAACCAAACACAGAAUGGAGAGGACACGGAGGGAGAGAUGCACAACUGUGAGGAGGAUGACUCACACAGCCCGGAGAAAUGAGCGUGUUAAAAAUAACUAAUUUGGCGUGCAUUCAGUAGGGGUGACUUGUUACAGGCCUGCCUCCUGCCCCUUGUUACCCCUCACGCCCUCACGCUCAUUUAGAGCUGCGUUAUGUCACGGCAGUGUUUUGGCCAAAGCUUUUGUUAACGGCAGUCAAAGAAGCAAUUACAGCCUGUCAUUAUCCUCUGUAUCCCCAGCAACUGAGUGUUAAGUACUUAUUCAGUCACACUUGUUUUGCCCUUGCUAAUCAUUCCCUCAACCAGAUCACACGUGAAAAAAAUAUAUAAUAAAGAAUUUGAAAUUAGUCUUGUUUCUGGCAGCAGAAUUUUUAUCUAGUCUGUGUGGUGACUCGCCAUAUCCGUUGCAAGAAUGGCUCUCUACUUUGAAUGUGUAUGUACAGGCUAAUGAAGGACCACAUGCAGUAUAAUGUUGUAAAUUAGACUCGUAUGACGUAGGCACUGCAUUAUCUUUCAGAGACAUUAUUUCUUUUGUGUUUUUAAAAGUUGUGACAUUUGAGUAGGAGUGUAUUCCUGAAAAUUUUGUAACAUUGUGUAACAUCUUAAUUUUUGCCAUGUUGAAUCUACAUAAGAACUUUUACCUGUGUUUCAAUAAAAAUAAGUAGAAUGGA